AUGUCGACUGCUGGCAAGACACGGAAACACGGACCAGCUGUUUGGCACAUCCCUAGUUGUUUAUAUGCCUUGAUUAUCUUGUGUUUGUGUGUGCGGUUGAACUUGGCAGAUGCAGCAAUCCAAGAAACUCUCAGAGAACUUGUCAGGAUCUAUGAGUCGGCGGUGAAGCCACUGGAGACAAUCUACAGAUAUUCUGAUCUCAACAAAGAUGCAUCACUAGAGGCAGAAAUUCUGGCCAAACCAUUGAUUCUGUUAGUGGGACCAUGGAGCACAGGGAAAACAUCAAUCAUCAAUUACUUGCUGAACAUCGAAGAUGGCAAGGAAAAACUGCACACAGGAGCAGAACCAACAACAACCGAUUUUGUGGUGCUACAAAAUGGAACCAAAUACCGCACGAUGGCUGGCAUGCAACUGGUCAGUGACAAAAGCAAACCAUUUGCUAUUCUGGAACGAUAUGGUCAGGUUUUCAUUCAAAGGUUGCAGAGUAUAGAGCUGAAAUCUCCAUUGCUGCAGCUGUUUACUAUAGUAGAUACCCCUGGAAUCAUUGAGACAAAGAAACAGCAAGAAAGAGGCUAUCCAUUUUAUGAUGUCCUGCAGUGGUUCCUACAGAGGGCCAGUUUGAUAUUCCUUGUAUACGACCCAACCAAGUUGGAUGCUGGGCUAGAUACUGUAUUUAAACAGCUCAAAGGUCAUGAAGCAAAAGUGAAGAUACUCAUCAACAAGGCAGACACGGUGAGCCAAAAGGAACUGAUGCGGGUCUACGGGGCACUCUUCUGGAACCUGGCACCCCUCAUUCAAUCUGUUGAGCCUCCAAGGGUUUAUAUAGGAUCAUUCUGGUCUAAAUCUAAGAGUGAUCACCCCUUGGCUCAGUUGUUUCUAGAAGAAGAAGAGAUGCUAAUGCAUGAUCUAUAUAACGUUGCUGAGAACUUGGUCGAGGACAAGAUAGCAAGCAUUCGCAGACAUGCUUUCAUGGUACGUCUGCAUGCUCUGACUGUUGACAGCUUCCUGCAAGCAUUCGAGAAAAAUAGAGGUUGGUUUUCUGAUCCGGAAGCUGUGUGUAGCGAAACUGUGCACCACCCACAGAAAUACAAUGUCUUUCAAAAACUUAUGCAACAGGCAGAUAUUAGCAAACAUGAUCUACCUAGUGCUGAAACUUACAUUAAUUUUUUUUCAAAUAAUCGCAGGGAAAUCUUUCCCAAUUUACAAUGCGGUUUUUUUGGUGGCUGUUACAUAGAGAAAAUAACUCAGGCAAUCAGUAAUGAUCUGCCUCUACUGCUGAAAACUUUAAAAGAGCAGAAACAGAGGCAAACUUACUGUACCAAGGAAACAUGCUGA